UACGACCUCUGCUAUUCGUCGUGAUAUUGAUAAGCCUAGUUCUAAUAGAUAGUGGCAUCUGGUUAUGAUUGGGAUUUGAUGUGGCAGUUCCGAAGAGCAAUCGAAAAUUCGAUCACGUAAGUGAAAGUGCUCUCGGAAUAUCUGACCGAAGAUUUGGAUUUCAUUUUGAACAGAAUAACUGAGUCGGGAACUCGUGCUUUACGAGGAUACCAAGUACAUAGAUUUAUAACGAGGUGAACUUUUGACGAAUAGAAGGAUAUACCCGAUGUCUAUCGAUUGAGGAUAUAGUCUCUGGAAAAACAUUAUCGAGGAGCGAAGCUUAGAUUAGGAGCUGCCAUUAUUCUACAAAUCACAUUUUCAACAAAAAUGGAUACAACACGUUAAUCACCACGGUAUGACUUCAGUGAGGAAUAAUAUUCUGACGGAUACCCGAAAUGUCUCUAUCAAAGGAGUUCUAUUACUUAUGAUUCCAAGGAGGUAUUAGUUGUGAAAUUUCGUGCUCGUGACGGAUUUCUUUUGAUUUCUAUUGUGAUUCUCUUUACCUUCAUACGAUUGUUCUCUUUAUUGUUCUUAACACGACUCUACAUGUAAAUUCCCUGAUGCUCUUUACGCGUCGAGCAUGUGAGGAGAGCUAAUUACUGGUGUUUGCGUGACAGAAAGCGUAGGUUAUGAUUUCACGCUGUUGGAUAUCCGAGCUCAUUCAAAGGAUAAUGAUUCUAGGAUUCUACAAGUGGAUAAUAUGUCAAGAACACGUUAGUCUAUAGUAGCUGAAUACAUUGUGUUGACAGCAUUAGAUAAGUGCAUUGUCGAUUACUUACAAGAAUGUGUAAAGUGAUUAGGUGAUAUGCUUGAUGUGCAUUUCUUACAUGAUGCUCUUAGAAUAGAAAAAGUUUCCUCAUCACCCUAGAGAGCGCGCCGUUAAAAGAAAACCGGAUAUGGUCUUACAGUACGAUACGGGUUCUGGAAAUAUUACACUUUCCUUUUCGACCCCUUUUCCUACCCUGGAUCAAAAUGGGUCGAAUAAUACCAACACGCUACCUGACGGCUGCAAUGAUGACUGCUUGUUUAAAGCAAACUUGGACAAGAUCUUUGCAAUUUUGACUAUAGUUAUUACUCCGCCAGGCCUGCUUGGUAAUAUUCUUACAAUAACGGUGCUGACACACAAGAGCAUGCGCUCAUCGACUAACAACUAUCUGUGUGCCUUAGCCAUUUGGGACACAGUCGUCAUCUUAACCGCCCUUCAUUUAAUUAGCCUCUAUAUACUUUUCCCAACUCUUACUUAUGCGGUUCCGUUUGUAUAUCCCGUGGGGCUGACAGCCCAAACAGCAACAAUUUGGAUUACCGUAUCUUUCACUGUGGAGCGUUAUAUAGCUGUCUGCCAUCCACUAAAGGCAACGUCCAUGUGUACAAUACGGCGGGCGCGGGUCGUCUUAGGUUGUGUAACGAUAUGCUCAUGGAUAUACAAUCUCCCCCGCUGGUUUGAAUAUACCUUAGACGUCCCACCGGGCAUACCGGCCCCAAUGGUUACAACUGAAUUCGGGAAAAAUAUAGUGUUCAAGGAGAUAUAUUUCAUUUGGUUAUACUUGCCUGUCAUGUGCAUCAUUCCACUUAGUGUUUUAGCUGUUUUGAACGUGUUCUUAGUGCGAGCAGUUCGGGAGUCUCAGAGACAGAGAUCGGACAUGAAUGUGCGGCAAUCUCGCGAGAAUAACGUCACGAUCAUGCUCGUGAGUGUAGUUGUGGUGUUUAUAAUUUGUCAAGUUCCUGCCUUAGUAUACAAUGUUGCCUAUGCUAUAAACCAAGACGACGUAAAUCAUGUUAAAAGUUAUUUUUUGUUAUCAAGUUGUAGAAACUAUUUAGUGGUCGUUAACAGUACCGUAAAUUUCCUCUUGUAUUGUGCCUUUGGACAGAAGUUUCGAAGAACUUUCAUCAGAAUAAUAUGCCCUUGUUGCCUCACAGAUGGUAUCGGGAGACAGCAUAGCUUCUCUCAUGCGUCGAAUCAAGGACACGGGGCAGGACAGGUCCGAACUCAUGCCAAAAAUAGGUACUUUAAAAUUCCAACAAAUAGUGCCGGUAAGGCUCCGCAAACUAACUCUCCGCAGUGUGAGAUUGAUAGACAAGGCUCACAUAAAAAUACGACGCUGUCCUCCCUUUCUUCAAAUGAGCUCACCCUAUCUACGGUUGAGAACAAACAAUUUCAACUGAUACGAUCUGCUGAUGACCACUUUUCUGAAGUGACAAGCAAGCCCAUAGCUGAGGAGUACGAGAUGUCUGAUUUGCACAUAGCAAGUGACACUGAGAUAGAACACGAUGCCGAUUCGCAAGACACCGUGCUUAGACAUCUCAUUUCUGAUAAGGACUCAUUUUGUAUUUAUCGCGUGGACUUCAAGAAAAUGAAAAAUGGCGUCGUCAUUUGAGCAACUUCACUUGAGUAGCUGUGAAAUGAACGCUUGCCGAUAAAGAUGUUUUUAUAAACAUUUCAUCCUGUUAUAGCGAGUUCGUUUCACUGACCAUCGAGUUUUGGUAUGGUAUCAUAGAUGUUGUUGGAAAUUCUGCUCUGAAGUUCCCGAGUGAAACUGGGACCAACACCACUAAAGUUGAGAAUGUAAGUGCAAAAUGGGGUCAAAUUACAUUUUCGUCAAUUCAAAAAAAGCAAAACCACAGUUCAAAUGUAAGAGAAGGGAACGUGCAUGGAGCAGAUCAUUGCGUGUGACUUAGUUGAUAUGGAGAUGUAUAUACUAUUAUUGGGCCUAAAUAUUUUUUUAAAUAGAAAUACAUAUAGCGAGGUAAUGCUUGGAGGGCACAAAUGCUGUAAAGAACGCCUGUGUAGAAGAUCCUGUAGAUAUAUCAAGACGCAUUCGAAGGCAUUGGUACAGUUUAUUUGUCAAAUAAGUCUGAACAGUAUCAUGACUAAUGCAAUCAAAAAUCCCAUCUAUACACGGUCUCUGAAUAAUCAUCGGUGCUAGCUGUGGCAUUAUAUCAAAUUGAGACAUUCCUCUUUUAAGUUUCUAUCAAAAAGUAAUAAGUUUUGUUGAAAUUAGAUAGCCAACGACCAAGUCGACAAUAAAAAAAUACCACUCAACAGCCGCAUGCGUUGUGCUCUACUCCUGCUUCGUGCCGCCGCAAGUCGUCGAUGGGCGCAUCAGGUUCGAAUGUCACAUGACCGGAAUACGGCGUUAUUGUACAGUGGGCUUCCCAAUCCAGAGUCUUAACUAAAACAUGUAAUUCAUACAUUUCAGCGAACUCUUACCAAAUUAUUAUUAAAUUAAGUUAAUUUAUAACAUUCCCACAUAAUACGUGUAACUGUAUAAUGUAUUGUGAGGCGACAUUCUCUCGGUCGGGGCCCUCCAAACACGUGGUUCAGAAUCCAGUGACUCUAGCUAAUCAGAUGUGCACAUUUUAUUUCAUGUUAUUGUUGGUCAUUUUCCUUAACAGGAUGCUAGAUAUUGAAUUAUAGAUGAUUUUACAUUCAAAAGACAUGAUUUUCAAGAUUACGACAAACGUAUUCAACCAAUAUCAAA